CUCACUCAGUGAAGUUGCUCUCGGCAAGUUCACCGGCCAUGGCGGACUCCCCCUUAAACAACUCCUGGCCCUCUUUCUCCAAGCUCUGGAUGAAACGGUGGUCCUUCAAAAGAGGGUCUGAAGGUAAACCAUGUUCCCCACCUGCCACCCUAGGCUCAGGGACUGAGUCUUCUUCCUCCUUGUCUCCUGCGUCCAUUGCAGAUGAUGUUUUCUUCAGUAGCUUGACUGAGGAGCAGAGUCCCAGCUCAACAGAGAGUGACUAUGAGAACCCUGGACAAGACGUGGACAGCAGCGCCGAGGACCUCCUCAAUCUCAACUCGUCUCUAAGAGGCUCCGAGUUCUUCAGAGACCUUCAGCCUGAACCCAUAACCAGCCAAACACCUCCCACGGCCGUUUCCAUCGUCAUCACCCCCGUUGGCGAGCACAGUCUCAGCCCAACCCUGCACGUGUACCAGAUAGUAGACAAAGGCUCUUACCAAGGCCCUGUGGCAUCUAACUACAGCCAGCUUCCCUGGCAGUUUAGCAGCAGCAUGGAGAACCAGCAAAGUGACUCAGAGCAGCCCACUGUCACCGUCAACACCACGGUGCAGCUGGGUGACCCCGGUGACCCCGAGGCCCAAGAGGCCCUUGAAGCCCCAGAGGGCCCGGAGGCCCCCGAGCUCCACGACUCAGACCCAGACAACAUCCCCAUGCUGGUGAGGUCCAUGUCCACAUCACGGAGGCACAGCUGCGGGUUGCCAGUCUCCCCAAUAGACUUGGGCAGAAGACUUAGUCUGGACGCCUCCGGAAUAGACAGUGAUGAGGAUAGAGAAGGAUCAAUUCUGUCUCGGUCAACACGCCACCAGGUUUUUGCUUACCCAGACUGCUCUGAGGACCAAGUGGGAAAUGACUCUGCAUUUCAACAAGAUGAGCCUGACAGAGCUGGGAGGACCCCAUGUGCAAAGUCUGAUAUGCUGGCAUCAGAUGAGAGGUCCAAGGCAGCACGUGUGUCCCGAAUCCUGGAAACUUCCAGCCAGGCUGCCAAGGAUUCAGGAGAGGAGCAGGACUUAGAGGAACGUCUCCAGUCUGCAGAAGGACAAAGUCACGUGCUGAUGGUACAGAAAGUUCUGCAAGAGCUUAAGCAGUACCAUGGUGCCAAGUACAUGAGUAGAGGCCCCUGUGAGAGAGCGCCAGGAUGCACCUGGUAUGAAUUCCUCUCAAACGAACCUGAAGAAGAAGAAGACAAGACAGAGAAAACAGAGAAGGGUACAAAGGUUAAGCGGACCCUGAGUUCACUGAGGAACCGAAUGACCGGCUCCUUCAACAAAGAGAAGGGUAAGCAUCGUGAGAAAGAGAAAGAGCAGCAGAAAGAGAAGGAGAAAGAGAGAGAAGAGAAAGAGAGGGAUAGAGGGCGCCGUAGAAGCACUAGUGGGCACCAGCUUGUGCCUGGCUCUUUCUCCAUGUGUGCCACCUGCUCACUGUGCAGCAAGACUCUGCAGAGGAAGCAUGGUCUGCAGUGUCUGAACUGUGCUGUGAACGUCCAUAAGAGCUGCAAGAGUCUGCUGGCAGAGUGCAACAGCAGUAAACACAAGUCCAGGGACUCUGUGAAGACCAGUGGAUCUGCACAAAUAGCCAUCAGGGACCAGUACUCCGCACCCACGCACCAGCCGACGCAGCAGCACCACACGCACCCCUGGGUCGCCGAUGGCUCCUGCCGGCCUCCACGCGCCCCAGGCAUGACCAUCACGCCGCGAGGACAGAGCGCCACCGCCAGCAACUCCUCCCUCAGCCACUGCAGCAGCUCAGGAUCUCUUCCAGGCGAGAUGGAUGAAACGGAUGCAGGCAGGAUUAAGCGAUUCGCCGAGGACACGGUCUCCUUGGCCCCCUCCACCACAGAGUCCAUCAUAGUAGACGAUGCCUACUAUGCUGCGGUGCGAGGGGACCUGGAAGCUGACGCGCAGGACUUCGAGCUGGAGUCCUGGAGCCUGGCCGUGGAUCAGCAGUAUCUCAAGACACAUUCCAAGGAGGCCAUCAAACGGCAGGAUGUCAUGUAUGAGCUGAUCCAGACCGAGGUGCACCACGUGCGGACGCUGAAGACCAUGCUGCGCGUUUACAUGCACGAGCUGCAUGACUCGCUGCAUUCCCAGGACCGCCGUCUCUUCCCUCGACUGGAAGAGCUGCAGGAUCUGCACGUGAACUUCCUGUCCCGCCUCAAGGAGCGCUGCAGCCAAUCAUUGCAGCCAGGCAGUGACAGAAACUACACCAUACCAAGGCUGGGAGACAUCCUCGUGUCUCAGUUUUCCGGUGAGACUGGGGAGAAGAUGAAGGAGUACUACGGAGAUUUCUGCAGUCAUCACAGUGAGGCCGUCAGUUUCUACAAAGAGCAGCUGCAGAGCAACAAGAAGUUCCAGAACCAGAUACGGAAAAUUGCCAACUUGUCCAUUGUUCGUCGGCUAGGGGUCCCAGAGUGCAUCCUUCUGGUCACGCAGCGCAUCACUAAGUACCCAGUGCUGGUGGAGCGUAUUCUGCAUAACACUGAAGCGGGCACAGAGGAUCAGGAGGAGCUGACUCGGGCUCUGGGUUUGAUAAAGGAGGUGAUCACACAGGUGGACACGAACGUCAACGACUACGAGAAGGCAUCGCGGCUGCGGGACAUUGCCGCCAAGCUGGAGCCCAAGUCCCACGGCAAGAUCAAAGAUGGGCGCGUGUUCCGCCGCGAGGACCUGUGCCAGGGCCGCCGCAAGCUGCUGCAUGAGGGCACCGUCAACUGGAAGGCUGCCUCUGGGAGGCUUAAAGACAUUUUGGCAGUCCUGUUGACAGACGCCCUGUUGCUGAUACAGGAGAAGGACCAGCGACUUGUCUUCUCCACUGUGGACAACAAGCCGUCGGUGAUCUCGCUGCAGAAGCUGAUCGUGCGGGAGGUGGCGCACGAGGAGAAGGCCAUGUUCCUCAUCUGCGCCUCCUCCAAAGAGCCCGAGAUGUACGAGAUCCACACCAACUCCAAAGAGGAGCGCAACACCUGGAUGACUCACAUCAGACAAGCGGUAGAGAGUUGCCCUACCACAGAGGAGCGUCUGUUCAGUGAGGAAGAGGAGGCCCGAGCUGCCCGAUUCAAAGAGUUCCAAGACCGGCUGAGUGCUAAAGACUCUCAGAUCAGCCAGAUCCUGACGGAGAAGCUGGAGCUGUUUGCGGACAUGGCCGCGUCGGUGGGUGGCGCAGAGGACGUGGUCUCGCGCUCCCGCCUGCUGCUGCGCGGCGAUACCUCCGACCUCCAGCAGGGGGAGCAGUUGCUCAAGGGAGCCAUCACUGAAGUGGAGAACCUGCAGAACCUAGUGCUGUCCAGCGUGAGAGAUCCUGCUCCACGGCCGGAAGAGAGCCAGGGCUCUGGCGUUCUACCCAGAAGGGCAGGCACAUUUGGGGGCUAUGACAGCAGCCGCUCCAUCCUCCAGAAGAAUGGUGGUGUGAAGAAAGGUGCUGGAGGCCUGAAGUCCAGAGAGAGGAGUCAAAGGGCCAGCUCUGACCCCCUGCUCAAAGAGCUCUGUGGCAGCCAGGGCCUGGAAGAGUUGCCCCCCCCACCACAGGUUGAUGGGUCUUCUCCCGCCAGCUGGAACCCAUCGUGGGCAAGCUCUUUUCCAGAGGCUGAGCAGUUCCUGAACAAAGUGCUCCAGCUGUCCCAGAGGCUAUACAGUCUGCAGUCGAUUGUGGCACAGCAGGACAGCCACCUGGAGCUGCAGCGGGCGUCUCUGAGCGAGCGCGAGCGUCCCGGCGGCGGGCGCCAUCGCCUGGGCAACGUGCUCCUGGAGCAGGAGAAGCAGCGCAACCUGGAGAAGCAGCGCGAGGAGCUGGCCAACUUCCACAAGCUGCAGCUGCAGCACCGGCAGGAGCAGGCGCGCUGGGAGCGCGAGCGAGACCGCCACCGGCGGCAGGCCGAGGCGGCCGAGGGGCGCCUGCAGCGGCGCGAGGACGAGUGCCGGCGGGUGGAGGUGAGCCUGGGCGCGGAGCGCGAGGAGCUGGAGCACCAGCGGCAGAAGUACCAGGAGGACCUGACGCGCCUCCGCGAGUCCACACGCACCGUGGAGAGGGAGAAGGAGCGGCUGGAGCAGCAGAAGAAGCUCACCCUCAAGAAGCACAACACGCUGCCCACCGCGCUCAUCUCGGGCAUGUUCGCUGGACAGGAGACGGGGCAGCACAUCCCGCUGUCAUCCAGCUUUAACGGGGAGCUCCUGCUGGCCCAGGGGCCGACGGUGGACCCCACGCUCCCACCCAAGACCCUGUUGCGCUCCAGCAUGUCCAUCUCGCCGGCCGACUUCCCCGAGCGGCCCGAGGUGAAGCAGCAGCAGCAGCAGGCGGCGGCGGGGGGCAAGAGCUCCGAGGUGCCCAUCCACCUGAUCAGCACCACCAACCAGCUGCACAAGCUGGGCGGCGUCCAGCAGCAGAUCCCCACCAAGCUGGCCGCCUUCAGCAAGGGCAAGGAGAAGACCAGCAGGCUCAAGGGCUCGCACCGCACUGAGAGCUUAGCCUCCUUAGACAUGAAGCAGAUGCUCCCCCUGAAGCUCUCCGCCCGGGAGGACAGCUCCCUGAGAAUCAAGCGCUCCACCAGCCCCAGCCCCAGCCAGCAGAUCCACAUCCAGCCACCAGAACCAGUGAACCCUCCAGAAGUGUACUAUGAGUCCCCGCCCCCACUGACCCUCCACCCCAGCACCACACACAGACCCCCCAGUCACGGCCCACUGCACAGCGUGCCCCCACCCCCUUACAAAAUCACGGAGGACGUCACCAAGGAGGACGUCAUCUUCUUCUGAGGAACUGCAAGCCUCGCGCCCAUCGCAGUGCAUCCUGGGACACCGCAAAGGACCAAAGGGAGGCCAGGGCAGGCGCUGUGUAAAGCGCGCGCACACACAUACACAUACACAUACACAAACACACACACACACAUACACACACACACACAUGCAGCAUUUCAUUUCCAACCAUCUGUUUUGUUUUUUAAACUUAGACUUUUGUUCCUCCUCCAACUACUCCAACUAACUAAACAGAUUUUUAAGUCAAACUCUUGACAUUGCGCGAAGAGGAUGCAGAAAAAAAGAGAACAUUUUUAGAUGUAGAUGAUGUUUAAAAAGAGGGGAUGUUCCGCAGAAUCCAAAGACUUAUAAAAAAAAUGAUGAAGGAAUGGCGAAGGAUGGCAAGACUGGGGUGAGGAGGAUGAUGAUGAUGAUGAUGAUGAAGGACUGUGUGACUGUGAGAAGGUUUUACAGGAGUGUGAGUGGAAAGAGAGUGUUUUAGAGGAAGGGUGAGAGAGGACCAAACCUCCGCUGUGGGUGACUUCACCUCAUUCCAGUGAGGUUGGCGUUUUGCACGCCGCAAAAUAUUAAUUUAAUGGCACAACGUGGUGUAAUUAUGAUCUUGUUUCUUUCUGUCUUUUUUUUUUAAUAAUUUUUUUUGCAAAAGCUCAAAUCUUAAAAGCAGUGCUGUUGCUCUGCUGUUUCAAAAAAAGAAGGAAAACGAAGAACACUGGAGUUAAGGACGGAGUAUUUGAAGGUUUUAUUUCGCUGAACACUGGACCUUUCUUUGCACACACAACAUGCUGUUUUAUCCAUUUCGAUCACAUGCGUGGAAAUGAUCCAGCAGUGUGUACUCACCCCCAUGGAAGCAUGUUGGAUUUUAUUUUCUCUACAAGGAGUCGAUUUCUCAGUUAAUUGUACCUGUCCAUCAGUUUUGUGAAUGGCUAAUGUUAUCAUGUUGAAGUGGUGGUCACACUUUUUCAAACAAACGCUUGAGGCAUAUUAAAGAUGAUUGACAUGACAGUGUAAUGAACGUCACAUUGCAAUGCUGUAAUCUCCACAGGGUUUGAUUCUUAAUUCUGUGGACAUGCUGUGAAGAUCCUCUCAAACAGUUUAGGAGGAGCUGUUUUUACAAGCCACUGUAGGCAUUCAAAGAACCUAGAGGUCAGAGACCCUGACCAUAAUAGAUGACAAAAUUCAUAGCUUGGAUAUGUGAUUGGAGUUGGAUAAAUAAACUUUGACGAUGAGCACAUAACUUCCGGUCCACCUUCAAACUAUUGUUUUAUCAAAUGCUGUGUUUCGUAAAAGCACAAGGGCACCAACAGUGAGUCUCAAGACUGAAGGUUUUUGUGGGUCAAAACCUGUUGCACUGUAUAUAUACGAUGGUUAAUAGGCGUUGUCAUUUCAAAAGAGACCCAAGCUCAAGCUAUGUGCAUGGCGGCCAUAACAGUUAGCCGCGGGGUGACUAGCAGGAUGGACAGGUUUCACUGAGCAAAUAUCCUCUGCAGAUGGUGUAUGAAGCUAUUAUGAAGAAGAAAAAGAAAUUCACUUUCUAUCCCUGUGAUGUGUAUAUACUGUGUAAGCUCUUAUGCAUAAAGUGCAUCCUUAUAGUGUGUGGUCACAUGGUGAAGCUACCUUUUAUGAAAGGGAUGGGGAAUGUGUGUGUGAGCUAUUUUUGGUUAGAGGUUUUAGGUCUGUUUUGAAGUCAAAACAGGUAAAAUACCGAUGUAUACUAUGAUUUUCUGUUGUUUUGUUGUUUGAUAACUUGGAGCAUUCAUGUCGCUUAAUAACAUUUCACUGAGCUGGAGUGUGCACUCUUAUCUUGUGAGCUCUGGAUGUGCUUUGACUUGUCUUGUCUUGCCAUGCAUUUUUAACAUUGACUGAUCAAAAUGACUCCACACAUUUCAGUUGAUUGACCAAAGAGACCACACAAGACCUGAUGGAGUCUUUUUUCAUACCACAGGAGUAUAUUAUUACAGCCCAUUGCAACAGGACUAUCUUAAAGCUCCGGUCAUGUAAAACCACUGUGCCCAACCCUGAUAAUCCUCCGUUAGAUCGGAGUUUUGACACUCGCCAGAACAACACAGCGCACACCAUUCUGUUCCGUCUCAGAUGCUGGAGCGGUGGGUAGUGGAGUAAGGUGUGUGGGGUUAGAGGAACAGCCAACACCCCAAGGACCGGAGCUCUCCUGGACUUUGGGGCAGGAUUAGGCCCUCCUGCUCUGUUAGGGAGAAUGUGCUUUUCAAAUGGUAGUCGAAAUGGACCCUUUUAAGUAGCUGAGCAUUUUAGAUAUGUCUGGAAGCACCCCCAUCCCCCUCCAACUCCCAACCCACCAAACUCAAAUCCUCUGCAUUCUGGGUAAAGACGUCUUAAUUCUGUCUGUGAUUGUACCGCCACUGGCCACUUGAAUCUCUGAUGUCUUAUGAAAAAGAAAAAAAUAUGAUUUGGUAGCAGCCUCCUGUCUGUCACUGUGUCUGUCUGGUUCAGUGGAGCUUGCUUGUCGGAAAGGUUAUCUGUAGAAAUUGUUGGUUUUACCUCAAGGUAUGUUUUUUUUGAGGACUUUGUGUAAUGUGUAAAUAUCAUUUUGUUUUUGCAUACCGCCAAUUUACACUAGUCACUUUUUUGGAUAGUAGCAAACUUGAAGGGGAAACCAAUAUUAAUAAUGAAGUAUUUUGUUCUUGAUUUGACUGAAGUUAGUAGCACACCGGGCAAUGAUUUGUUUUCUGUUAUUUUGCAUCACUCCAAAACAGAUCUGUUGACACACAACUGCUGCCUUAGGAAGAAAAUAAUUUUAGUAAUAAAAUGACUUCAAGAAACUU